AUGGCGCUGACCUUCGCCAUAUCACAAGCUCACCUCAUCCGUCGCGGUGCCCUCUACCCGUACGAGAAAUAUCUCUGCAUCACCCCGAAUCCAGAAGAAAUGUACGCUACGCGAGCUCUGAGGAUGAUGCCCACUAGGCGCAUGAUGCGUCCUGUCCCCAAGGAGGACCAGAGCGCGCACACUGUCUCUCAGCGCCUCCGAAAAUUGCGACAAAUUCCGGCAGAACUGAUCCCGCUUGGCGUUGUCGUCGCAUUCGCCGUCUCCGCUGCCGCCUACUCGAGUCUGCGAAAGUUCUCCGUGGACAAGAACCUCCGACUGAGCCGGCAAAAUCGCCAGGACGAGCCUCACGCCGAAGGUCAUGAAGAGCACUGA